CGCUGGCGGAGUAUUUCGGGAGAAGCGGGAUAUUGCUGCAUGAUGAGAAGAGCAGAGAGAGGUGGGAACCAAAGAAAAAACUGGAUCCCCCAAGAUUGUGCUAAAAAAGGAGCUUUGUGCCCCGAUGUUAGAUCUCGAUUCCAACAUCCGAACCCAAGACCAAGACCAACCCUGGAAGACGGAAGAAGAGGUCCAUGCCACGCCAUCGGUUAACAGGAGCCAUCAAAGACAAAAAGAGAGAAUAGUAGGAGAGUCUGGCUUUCAGACUUCCCGUGUCUCUCCUCUGCUUGAUCUUGACCUUGUUAUUUGCUGGUCUUGUUUAUUGUUCUUCUGGCACCAAGGGGUCUACCCCAUACAGGUACCGUCGAACAAGAAGGUGAUGCAGUGUACAUGGCUUGCGCAGCCGAUAACAGUCGCACCACCGCACUGGGAGGGAAAAGCAAAUACGGGCGCUUCCAACUUCGCUCGAAGCUUGAUGUACUUACAUAGAAUGUACAGCACCCUACCAUGGUCGAGAUUGCAGCAUCACUCUUCCCAACCAUGGACACAGCGCACACGGGAUUAAGGCACUGGUCGUCGAUAUUCAGCCAGCAUCAUCAUAUCUCCCCCAUUUGCCUUCGGAUUAUGUCAAUAUAGCUGACUCAAGCUGUCGAUAACCAAGUCAACUUAUUUGCAAACCGCGCGGGGCGGGGCCGAGGUCACGGCAGAGAUGG